GUUCCUAAAUGUGUAGAGAGUGCCAUGCGAUUCAAGCAGUAAGUGCUCUGUUGGUUUAUUUCGAGGAUUUUGCGCAGAAUUAUAACUAAUUAACAAAUAAUUAUAGGCCUAUAUGAUAACCGCGGGAAAAAGAACUGCACGUGGUUGUGGAUGUAACUGUUGCACUUUAAGUACAGACAUGAACCACUGAACUGAGACAGACAAAGGACUGCAAUAAGCUCACGUGACGAGCUCUAUUCUCCCACCACCAAAAGAUCUCCAUCAUGACACCCAAAUGGCUGGUGGUAUUUGUCCUUUUUCUCCACUCUGGGACUAACAAUACAUUCCCCAUGGUCCCGACCGAGCUCCCCCCUGAGACAGGCACCUACAGGGUCACAGACACCAGCCUGACUCAUCUCACAGUGCACAGCCGGACGGGAGAGGUCUAUGUGGGAGCAGUGAACCGCAUCUUCAAGCUGUCUGCCAACCUAACAGAGCUGCGUUCACACAUGACUGGCCCCGUGGAUGACAACGCCAAAUGUUACCCCCCUCCCAGCGUCCGAGCCUGUGCACAUAAACUGGAGUCCUCUGACAACGUCAACAAGUUGCUGCUGGUUGAUUACGCUGGCAACCGCCUAGUAGCAUGUGGAAGCAUCUGGCAGGGAGUGUGUCAGUUCCUGCGACUGGAGGACCUCUUCAAGCUGGGAGAGCCCCAUCACCGCAAGGAGCACUACCUCUCUGGAGCCAGGGAGGCUGACGGCAUGGCAGGAGUGGUGGUUGACAGUGCAGAAGGGAAGUGGAAGAAUGAGAAGAAGGGGGGCAGCCGGCUGUUCAUUGGGGCAGCCAUCGAUGGCAAGUCAGAGUAUUUCCCUACCCUGUCCAGCCGUAAACUGGUCACUGAUGAAGAGAGUGUUAACAUGUUCAGUCUGGUCUAUCAGGAUGAGUUUGUGUCCUCACAAAUCAAGAUACCCUCCGACACCCUGUCCCUCUACCCGGCGUUUGACAUUUACUACGUGUAUGGAUUCUCCAGCCGUACUUACAUCUAUUUCCUGACGUUGCAGCUGGACACACAGCUCACCCAGAUGGAUGCCACCGGUGAAAAGUUCUUCACCUCCAAGAUAGUGCGGAUGUGUUCCAACGACACUGAGUUCUACUCUUACGUGGAGUUCCCCCUGGGCUGCACCAAGGAAGGGGUGGAGUACCGGCUGGUCCAGUCCGCCUACAAGCACCGUCCAGGUCGGAUGCUGGCCCAGGCCUUGGGGCUGUCUGAGGACGAGGAUGUGCUGUUUGUGGUGUUCUCCCAGGGCCAGAAGAACCGGGCCAACCCGCCUCGGGAAACAGUCCUGUGUCUCUUUACCCUGCAUCAGAUCAACCUGGCUAUGAGGGAGAGGAUCAAGUCGUGUUACCGUGGGGAGGGCAAGCUGUCCCUGCCCUGGCUGCUCAACAAGGAGCUCCCCUGCAUCAACACGCCGAAGCAGAUUGGUGAUGACUUCUGUGGGCUGGUGUUGAACCAACCUCUUGGGGGUCUGCGGGUGAUAGAAGGGACCCCUCUCUAUGACGACGGCGUGGACGGUAUGGGAGCGGUAACAGCCUACACCUAUGGAGAUCACUCCGUGGUGUUUGUGGGAACCCGAAGUGGACGCCUCAAAAAGAUCCGAGUAGAUGGCAUACCUCCCCCGUCCCAGAGUGCUUUGCUGUAUGAGACUGUUACAGUGGAUGAAGGGAAACCUAUUCUGCGUGACAUGGUCUUCAGCCCUGACUACCAACACAUCUACAUGCUAAGUGACAAACAGGUCAGCCGGUUACCUGUGGAGAGCUGUGGCCAGUACACCACCUGUAAAACCUGUCUGGGCUCUGGAGACCCCCACUGUGGAUGGUGUGUACUUCACAACAAGUGUUCCAGACAGGAGACCUGUGAGAAGUGGGCCGAGCCACAGCAUUUCAACACAGAGCUAGAUCACUGUGUGGCCAUUAGUGUCACACCUAACAACAUAUCUGUGACCUCUACGUCCACUCAGCUGAGUGUGAGAGUGGUCAACGUGCCCAGCCUGUCAGCCGGGGUGACAUGUGUGUUUGAGGAGCUGACAGAGAGCCCAGGGGAGGUACUGGCCAAGGGGCAGGUCCUCUGUAUGUCCCCCUCCCUCAGAGAUGUCCCCUCCCUCACACAGGGAUACGGGGACAAGAGAGUGCUAAAGCUUUCCCUGAAGUCCAAGGAGACAGGGCACAAAUUCAUCACCACUGACUUCAUCUACUACAACUGCAGCGUGCUCCAGUCGUGCACCUCCUGUGUGAGCAGCCCCUUCCCCUGCAACUGGUGUAAAUACCGCCACAUCUGCACCAACAACCUGGCAGAGUGCUCCUUCCAGGAGGGACGCGUCAGCAGCGUGGAGGGCUGUCCCCAGAUCCUGCCCACCAGUGACAUCCUGGUACCUGCAGGGAUCAUUCGGCCAAUCACGCUGCGAGCCCGGAACCUCCCUCAGCCCCAGUCUGGACAGAAGAACUAUGAGUGUGUGUUUAACAUCCAGGGCAAGAUGCAACGCAUCCCAGCUGUACGCUUCAACAGCUCCUGUAUCCAAUGCCAGAACACCUCAUACUGGUAUGAUGGGGACGAGACAGGAGACCUGCCUGUUGACUUCUCUAUCGUCUGGGAUGGAGACUUCUUCAUCGACAAGCCUCCCACCAUGAAAGCCCUGCUAUAUAAGUGCGAGGCCCAGAGGGACAGCUGUGGCCUGUGUCUGAAGGCCAGCACAGCGUUUGAGUGUGGCUGGUGCCUGGACAACAAGAAGUGUCUCCUGAGGCAGCACUGCCAGACGCCGGAGCAGAACUGGAUGCACCCCGGCAGGCACAACGUCCGCUGCAGCCACCCCCGCAUCACCAAGAUCCGCCCACUGACAGGGCCCAAAGAGGGGGGCACGCGAGUGACGAUCGAGGGCGAGAACCUCGGGCUGCAGGUGCGGGAGAUCGCCCACGUCCAGGUGGCUGGGGUUCGCUGUAACCCUGUGACCUCCGAGUACAUCAGCGCUGAGAGGAUUGUGUGUGACAUGGCCGAAGCGCUGCUGCCCCAUUCUCCAGGCGGUCCGGUGGAGCUGUGUAUCGGGGUGUGCAGUGCAGAGUACCGCACCCAAUCUUCCCAGACGUACUCCUUCGUGACCCCCAGCUUCAACCAUGUGCACCCGGAGAAGGGCCCCGUGUCCGGGGGGACCCGGCUGACGAUAUCAGGCCACCAUCUGGACGCUGGUAGCACCGUCACUGUGUUCAUCGCCCAGGAGGAGUGUCUGUUUGUUAAGAGGACCAACAGGGACAUUGUGUGUGUGACGCCGUCGUCCCUGUCUGGCUCAGGGCCUGCGUCAAUCAAAUUGUUAAUCGACAAAGCUGAGGUCACCAGCAGUGACACACGCUACAUCUACACAGAGGACCCCACCAUCUCCAGCAUUGAGCCCAGCUGGAGUAUAGUGAAUGGUAGCACCUUGAUCACCGUCACAGGUACCAACCUGCUCACCAUCCAGGAGCCCAAAGUCCGUGCCAAGUAUGCAGGAAUACAGACUACUAAUGUGUGCACUGUGGUGAAUGACUCUGUGAUGACGUGUCUGGCCCCGGGUAUCAUUUACACCAAGCACCAGGCCCCAGAGUCAGGCCUGCACCCCGACGAGUACGGCUUCAUCCUGGAUCACGUGGCUGCGCUGCUCGUCCUCAACGGGACACCAUUCACCUACUAUCCCAACCCCACCUUCGAAACACUAGGGAACUCUGGGAUAAUGGAGGUCAAGCCCGGCUCUCCCAUUAUCCUCAAAGGCAAGAAUUUGAUUCCCCCUGCUCCGGGCAACACCCGGCUGAACUACAGCGUGAUGAUUGGUGAAACGCCCUGUCUGUUAACUGUCUCGGAGUCUCAGCUGCUCUGUGAUUCGCCAGACCUGACCGGGGAGCAGAGAGUCGUGAUCAUGGUGGGUGGUUUGGAGUACUCCCCAGGAACACUGCACAUCUACUCCGACAGCACCCUUACCUUACCGGCCAUCAUCGGGAUCGGAGCGGGAGGAGGGGUGCUUCUCAUCGCCAUCAUCGCCGUGCUCAUCGCCUACAAGAGGAAGACCCGGGAUGCUGACCGCACCUUGAAACGCCUGCAGCUGCAGAUGGACAACCUAGAGUCCAGAGUGGCCCUGGAGUGUAAAGAAGCAUUCGCUGAGCUACAGACAGACAUCCAGGAGCUGACCAAUGACAUGGACGGAGUGAAGAUCCCCUUCCUGGAGUACCGUACCUACACCAUGAGAGUUAUGUUCCCCGGCAUCGAGGAGCACCCCGUCCUCAAGGAGCUGGAUGUAAGUUCCCCGGCCAAUGUGGAGAAAGCCCUGCGUCUGUUCAGCCAGCUGCUGCACAGUAAGAUGUUUCUGCUGACCUUCAUCCAUACCCUGGAGGCCCAGAGGUCCUUCUCCAUGCGGGACAGAGGAAAUGUGGCCUCUCUGCUCAUGGCCGCUCUGCAGGGCCGCAUGGAGUACGCCACUGUGGUACUUAAACAGUUGCUGGCUGACCUCAUAGAGAAGAACCUGGAGAACCGCAACCAUCCUAAACUGCUGCUCCGACGGACGGAGUCGGUGGCUGAGAAGAUGCUCACCAACUGGUUUACGUUCCUGCUGCAUCGUUUCCUCAAGGAGUGUGCUGGGGAGCCUCUGUUCAUGCUGUUCUGUGCCAUCAAGCAGCAGAUGGAGAAGGGCCCUAUAGACGCCAUCACAGGAGAGGCGCGCUACUCCCUCAGUGAGGACAAGCUCAUCCGCCAGCAGAUUGACUACAAACAGCUGACACUGAUGUGUAUCCCUCCGGAGGGAGAGGCAGGCACCGAGGUCCCGGUGAAGGUGCUGAACUGUGACACGGUCACUCAGGUGAAGGACAAGCUGCUGGACGCUGUGUACAAGGGCAUCCCCUACUCCCAGAGACCCCAGGCUGAUGAUAUGGACCUGGAGUGGCGACAAGGAAGACUGACUAGAAUUAUCCUUCAAGAUGAGGACGUCACCACAAAGAUUGAGAGUGACUGGAAGAGGCUCAACACCCUGGCCCACUACCAGGUGGCAGAUGGGUCUUUGGUAGCCCUGGUCCAGAAGCAGGUCUCUGCCUACAAUAUCGCCAACUCCUUUACAUUCACCCGCUCUCUGAGCCGUUAUGAGAGUCUCCUGAGGACGUCCAGCAGCCCAGACAGCCUGCGCUCCCGGGCCCCCAUGAUCACCCCUGACCAGGAGACUGGCACCAAGCUUUGGCACCUGGUCAAGAAUCACGAGCACGCUGACCAACGGGAGGGCGACCGCGGCAGCAAGAUGGUGUCUGAGAUCUAUCUCACCCGCCUACUGGCCACCAAGGGAACUCUGCAGAAGUUUGUGGAUGACCUUUUUGAGACGGUGUUCAGCACGGCGCACCGCGGCAGUGCCCUCCCUCUGGCCAUCAAGUACAUGUUUGACUUCCUGGACGAGCAGGCUGACAAGAGGCAGAUCACUGACCCUGAUGUCCGUCACACCUGGAAGAGCAACUGUCUGCCCCUGCGGUUCUGGGUGAACGUGAUCAAGAACCCCCAGUUUGUGUUUGACAUCCAUAAGAGCAGCAUCACAGACGCCUGUCUGUCUGUGGUGGCCCAGACCUUCAUGGACUCCUGCUCCACGUCAGAGCACCGCCUGGGCAAGGACUCUCCCUCCAACAAGCUGCUGUACGCUAAAGACAUCCCCAACUACAAGAGCUGGGUGGAGAGGUACUACAGAGAUAUCAGUAAGAUGCCUACCAUCAGUGACCAGGACAUGGAUGCCUAUCUGGUGGAGCAGUCUCGUCUCCAUGGCACCGAGUUCAACACUCUCAGUGCUCUCAGUGAGCUCUACUUCUACAUUAACAAGUACAAAGAGGAGAUUUUGACCGCACUAGACAGGGAUGGGUACUGCCGCAAACACAAGCUGCGACACAAACUGGAACAAGCCAUUAACCUGAUGUCGGGCAGCAGCUGAGGACAGAGGAUGGAACAGGGGGUCGGGGGUCGGGGAGAGAAGUGGGAAAUGGAGAUUUGGUUGAACUGGUGAACGGACCUGUGUUGGAGCAUCCACAGCUUGUGCAAUUAAAAAGGAGGACAUAAGACACUGGACAAUCAACACAACGAACCACAGCACAUUGAGCCCAAUGUCUACAGACCACAUUCUGUGCCCAAUAUCCUCACUCUCUCAAACCUCUACCUGCCAUUGCCAGUGAGACAUUCUGAGUAGUUUUUUUCUCCACACUGGCCUUUUCAAUGGCAGACUCUAGUAACUGCCUAAUCUAAUGGAAGAGGACUGCUGUGGAUAACUACCAGAUUCAUUCCAAUAGAGGCAUACAGUAAGUUGCCUUGGAAACUGUGCUGAACUGCCAAGCUAGUGCCAUGGGAAGAGUAGCUUUUGGUCUGCGAUAAUAAUUGUACAAAAUGCUGAAAAGUAACAUUUAGGUGUGGACUGUAGAUUUGAACUUGAAAUGUAUGAGUUUUACCACAAGUAUGGUAAGGUACAAGUAGUAGACUAUAACCUCUUGGCCCCAAAGGAAAGCCUCGGUUCUGUUUUGUUGUGUUAGGGUUGGAGGUUCAAUGCCAGUACGUGAUGAAGAAGGCAGUGUAUGGCCAAAAGACACCAAAUUCUAGAAGCAUCAGAGGCCUGAUUAAGUGACAUAAAUUGAGGGGCGUGUUGGGGCUGAGGGGUGGCCAUCCCCCUCGUCUCUCAAAUGCCAUAGCUACAAAGCGCCUUUCUCUUUUUACUUUGUAUUCGGGCCAAAUGGAUGUUUGCUGAUGGCUCAGAGUCCAGAGUUUUAAAGCUUGCCUUUUGUGUUGCAGUCAAGCAGGAAGUGAAGCCCUUUCCUCAUGGACGUUCCACCCUAGUGACUGUCCAGCUAAUUGUACUCAGAUCAUUGUUUUAGUCUGCUCCUCUGUGAAUCUGAUCUAUCAGGGUCCCAGGGGUUCCCGUCCAGAACUCAGGGCUACUGCUGUCGUGGAAACAACCCUUAUAACCCAUAUCAAACAUCCUAAAAGUAGUUGAUCCAUUAACAGCAAUAGGUCUAGUAAUAAAACAGCCAGCCAUGUUUCAUUAGAUUACACACCAAAAAGACACAGUUCCCGUUAGAGACUCUCUAUCUUACGAUAAUCGUUCUGUGAAAAUCGGCUUUCUCUUCCCGAUGUUUUUGCCAUUAUUACAAAUGACAGCUUUGAGCAUAAUGUGUAACGCAACACCAAACACAACAGACGGGAUAACAGUAUAGAUUUUUAUGUUUUAAAUGCUUUCUAAAUAAAAUACUUGCUUAUGUGUUCACUUCUGGUAGGUCAUCCAUGGUAGUUUAUGGGGGGGGAAGCCUCUAUUUGCUGCCUAUGUUAUCAUUACCAUACUAAGUACUGUUCAGAAGAAGAGAGAGGUUACUGUGAUGAAUACUGAUUUCCAACCCAGGAGUCCUUCAUUUUGUUUACCCUACGGUCCCAUAGAGCCAGUAGCAGUAGGCCGAUCUGUAGGUUCUGAUCAGAUGGUAAAUGCCCAUUUUCUCUGUUGACUCCUUCCACGACAGACAGUAGAAGCUCUGUAUUUUUCAGUAGUGGUACAGCAGCUGACUGUACACACUCCCACAUCCCCUCUCCAUACUCCUCUCUCUGCUGGGAGGAAAAAUACAGUCUGGUAGGCUGAUACCUGAAUAUUAUUUGAGUACAUUUACAUGGUUCUGAGUUCAGUCCUCUCCAACAAUUAAGUAUUUAUUGUUUUGCCUUUAUUUAUUUCAUAUUUAUUUUAAUUUUUACACAAGAAUGAAAACUCUUGUUUUGUACAGUGUUUGACUGAACGUACCUGAACACAGUUGAUGUCCUCUGUACUACAGGUAUACUGUAUAUGUCAAGUCUCUAACACCGUUGCAAGAGUCUUUUCAAUGCCAAUUCACACACCGGGUUCAUUUAGGAUACAUUCGUACAUUCAGUAAAUAACAGCAUUCCUUCACAUCCAUAACUGAAAAAUAAGACUGUGAUCGCUACAUCACGUGUUCAGUGACAACCGUGAGGAAUGCAGACAGACCAAAGGAGGCACAGGGAAGAAUCAAAUGAUCACUCUCUUGUCUUUGGGUUGAAUAAUGCCAUUCGGCUUGACCCACACAUUACAAUACAUUGUUAACCAUAGAUUAUAUCAUGUUUUAAAUUUCAGGUACAAACACAUCUUUAAAAGAUUUGUUCAUUGAAUAGGAUAAAGCCUCAAAUUACAAUGUUCUCCCAUAACUAAUGGUAGACAAAUAUGUAUUUCUACUGCUAAAACCCAGAGGUUUGUGGUAGUCCAAAUCCUGAAUAUAAAUUCAGUAUAUCUAACUGUUCUUUUUAUCCAUCAAGUCCCCAAAGAUUAAAUACAAUUUAGUAAAUGAAACCAAUACUUUGGUUUAUCAAUGUACAGGUGUUAACCCUUCUAGAGUCUAGAUGCUGGGUGUUGUUUUGCGUUGGGACCUUAAACACAGUGACGCUCUGUUUUCUAUGUAUAUUAAAUGGCUCUGAAACUAACUACUUACUGUAGAAUAAUUAGGCUUGCUUAUCAGUCCAGGAGCGAAAGAGCCAUUAGUAUACCUUUUCAAAAUCCAUUAAAUCCACACCAGAAGAAAUACUUAUUUUUCUCCAUGGAAGAUACAUAUUGUAGAUAAGCACCAAAUCAAUUUAGAAUUUGGCCUUGGAACUCUGAGCGAAAUACAUUCUCAAAUAAAACUGGAGCUCAUUAGCAUGUUAAGAGCUGCAGGAGGAUAAUUAAGGAUAAUAGGUUUCACCAUCCUGGUGUUAUUUUAGUGCAGAGAAAUGGGGUCAGUGUAUCUGGAUCUAGGUCUGGUGUGGAUCUCACCGUCCACCGUGUGUGAAAAGGACUCAGUCAGAAAUGACUGGCAGCUUGCCAGAGCUGCCCUGUCAGCAUUGCAGGUGUAUUACAGGUAUCAACGCUAUGUUUGAGCCUCUUUCUACAAUUAUAGCUUAUCAUAAAUCUGAAAGAGAACAUCUUGAAUUUUGACUUAGUACCUCUUGGUUAACGCCAUCUCAUAGGGUUUGAAACUGGUUAAAAUAGUAAGUGCAACACGGUAUCAGGUUUCUUGGGUGAAAUCUGCAAUCAUAUCCAAAGUAGGCCUACAGUUUGGCUACCUGCCAUACGUCACUUGUAAACUAGUGAAGGCCAGGUGAUUGGGCUGUGGAACUCAGAGCCACUGCAGACACGUCAGUACGUCUGGUUUUGUAAUGUUGUAUAAACAGGAAGAUAAAAAAAAAGCACCUGUAACAUGUAAGGAAGAAAAGAGUGAGUGCAAACCUGUGAUGUUUCUAAGUAGAUACUGUAGAACUAUUACAUUAUAGUCGGUGUUCUAGUAAAAAAACAAAAACAUUUGUCUCAGAUAAAUUGAUUUGUUGGUUUUGUCUGUUUAUCCCAAAUGUUUUAAUUGAUUUGUUGGUUUUGUCUGUUUAUCCCAAAUGUUUUAAUUGAUUUGUUGGUUUUGUCUGUUUAUCCCAAAUGUUUUAAUUGAUUUGUUGGUUUUGUCUGUUUAUCCCAAAUGUUUUAAUCGAUUUGUUGGUUUUGUCUGUUUAUCCCAAAUGUUUUAAUCGAUUUAACGUAACAAACUUGUUUACAGCUUCAAAGAUAUAUGGAAUUUAUUAACUUAGUCUGAAGAGGAAGUAGCUUUGUGACUGACUGGCUGAUUGACUGACGGAUGAUUGCCCUGCCUAGUCCUUAAUUAUAUAUAAAUAUAUAAAUAUAUUUUGUAUAAUUAUUUGUUUAAAAUGUUUCUUUCUAAAUUAUUGUUUUUGGUUUUAUAUUUUAUUUUGUUACUUUGAAGGAGCAGGAAUGAGUCCUUUAAAACGCUGGCUACAAUGAAGUGUUUUGUAUAUAUUUGCACUUUUUUUUACUCAGUCGGAGAGGUUUUUGAAAGAUUGGAUUCUAACUUAAUGUUGAAAUGACAAGCAUGGUGUUUUGUUUUGCUAAUUAAAAUAUGUGGAUGAUGCUGUA